UUAUUUGAGGAGCGGGUAAAUCUUGUGCUGCACUGGUUUGACCUGUGGACUGACUCUCAGAGGAAAGACUUGCUGCACUCUCUGCUUGCUCGCUGCACCAAGUCGCAGCUCAAGUACUGCAGGGAUCUGCUGAUUGAGACGGUUCCAGUAACCCGGGCAGACUUCACGGCAAUACUUCCUCGGUUUUUAUCCUUGUACAUCAUGUCCUUCCUGUCCCCUCGAGAACUCUGCAGUGCCGCGCGGGUCAGCUGGCACUGGAGGGUCCUGUCAGAAGACGACUGUCUUUGGACUGACCGCUGCAUCAGGAGAGGCUGGUUCCUUCCGUACACUCCUGGAGAAAAAGAGUUCGGAGCCUGGAAGAACCACUACGUGUCCUGCGUCUCAAAACUGGACUGGCUCACUCCGCGGGAGGCGGCCGAGCUGUAUGGAACCCUUAACCAGCACAGCACAGGGCUGACGGAGGAGGAAGAGGAGAGGAGGAAGGAGAGGAGGAUCAGGCAGAAAAUCAGAGAUGUGCUUCAGGAGGACAAGAGGUUGUCCAUGACGAACAGGAGACCAUGGGGCAGCUACAUAAAAUCUGAAGGAUCCAGAGGUGGACGCGUGCAUGCAGGAAGGUUCAGUCCUGGGUUAACGUCCAGUUCUUGGCCCUCUCUGACUUGGCAUUCAAAGACGGCUCAGUCCUCCAGCACUUUUUUCAGCUUGAACAAGAGUCAAACUGUGGAUGGAGAUCAGCACUUGGUGAGACAGACAUCCAGGAUUAACAGUGAAAGUCUGUGUAAAGCCAAAGAAGUUUUGUCAUCCUUCACCUCCAGAGAUGCACCUCAGACGGUCUUUAACUGUAAUCCUGCUCCCUUUCUACUGCUCAUCUCCAACAAAACUCCAGCUUACGAGCUGGUUCUGAGUGGUGUGAAAACCGGAGUGAUUGUGGUCCUGUAUGACCACAGAGGGACUCUUCCAGCUCUGUUAAUCCAGUUGGAGAGAGCCGUUUCAGGGCAGCCAGUUCAAAGAGUCGGCCUGCUAGCUCCAGGAGGAACAGAGGAAAUUCACAUCCUUGAUGAUUAUAGCCUGUCAGAAAAGACUCUGCUGACCCCUGAACACAGGGAAUUCUGGGAAAAACUGUGCAUCCAGGUGACACCAACUCAGGAAGGAGGUGGGAUUGACAUCUUCUGCCCGCUGGCUGCGUCAGCAUCAGGCGUGACUCUUCUGCACAGCCUGUCUACUCUGACAGGUCUGCAGGUUCGAUCACCGGCGGGUCUUGCCACAGGAAGUUUCCAGAACAUUCUCAGUGAGUGGUCUGGUGGUGACUUUGGUGCUGCACUCUUGGACCAGUACCCAGCUGCUCCGGUGCUGCAGUAUGUGAGUGAUGAUGUACUGCAGGCCUGGUGCAGACAGGCUCAGUGGAUGGAGGAGGCCCUACAGGAGCUGAGGAGAACUCUGGAGGUGCAGCUGCAGCAGAGCAGCCUGCAGGCCAGAGGCCGAGCUCUGGGUCAUUUUCUGUGGGAGAAAAUCUGCUUGGAUAAGAUCUGUGUGUCCAGAGAACUGAGUGAGGCUCUGACAGAAGGACUCACAGCUCUUACUGAACAAAAAGAGCUUCAAACCAGACCUUUGGAGUUUCUGUCCUCCUUCCUGCUGCUGCGGAGUGAGGAGGAAAAGAAAGGAGAAGAUUUUUCUUCAUUUAAAAAGGAUUCCCAGUCUUUUUCAAGUUUUUUAUCGGAGCAGCCACAGACGUCUUUAGAUUGGAGAGGUUGUGUUGUGAGAGAGCUGCACCACAGCGAGGGUCUUUAUCUGAGCAGAUUGCGCUCCAUCCUGGAGGUGUAUCAGGAGCCUCUGAAAGCAGCUCUGAACUCCAACAGAGCCAUUCUCAGCUAUGCUGACAUCCAAAUAAUCUUCAACCAAGUUUCAGUAAUACAGCUGUUGAACAGUGUGUUUCAGGCAGAUUUACAGAAUAGGCUGGAGCAGUGGACUGCAGAUCAGUGUGUUGGAGAUGUUUUUGUUAAGUUGUGCUCCAAACUGAGGGUCUACACCAACUAUAUGAACAACUACACUGUCGCCCUCCGCACCAUUGACAAGUGCAGGGAGGCGAAACCAGCAUUUCGGGCUUUUUUGAAGAGAACAGACAGAACACUGUCAACACACAUGCUGAGCAUACAGGAGCUGCUGCUGUGUCCACUGUGGAGGAUACAGGAGUACGUGACUCUCCUUCAAGCUCUGUCUUUAAACACACACCCUGAUCAUCCUGACCACACACACCUCAGCACAGCCCUCAGCACCAUGCUUCAAUUCAAACAGUUUAUAAAAACGAUGAAGUGUAACGCAGAGACAGUCAAACUGUUAGAGGAAACACAGCAAAUCAUACAAGGCUGUCCGAACCUCAGAGAAGGAAACCGGCAGCUGAUAAAAACUCAGGAGGCGGCGCUGCUCAGGAGCCCAGACAGACAGAUCCCAGACUCCCUGAGGACCUUUGAGCACGUGUCCGAUAUUGGCCUCUUCCUGUUCAAUGAUGCUUUGGUGUUGACUCUGAGAAAUGUACACCACACUCCAUUUACGGUGUCCCACCAGAGCACACACACCUUCCUGGCUUCUGUGGCUCUCAGCAGCCUGAGCGUCAGAGAGAUUACACACACACGCUAUGUGAGCCAUGCGUUUGUUCUGGAGGGUCCAUCCCGUUCUUGGUUUUGUGCCACGGAGAGAGGAGAGGAUAGAGAGGACUUCCUGUCUGUGCUGCGUUCAGCUAUAAGCUCCUCCCUCAGAGGACAUCAGUGACGUUUCAAACUUCUGGCCCUGUUUGGUGUGGAGGCGGGGCCUCGGACGAAAGUGGGUGUGGAAUCGUGACUGACAUCUCAACUGACAGAGGCUGGACUAUAUUUUCCCAGGAACUGUGAAAAUUGGAAAUAUCUUUAAAACACCAUAAAUAUUCUAUAUUCAUGUGAUUGUCACUAUCAUAUUUUUUCCACUCAGACUUGUGUAGUAUGUUGACAUGAGCAGCUUAUAUCAGGGAACCAUGUUGUUUUUCAAAGCCAAACCUUAAACAGAGAAUAUCAGUGAUGUCUUAUUAGAAUAUACACUCAUAAUAAAUUUCCAAAGCACAAACAAUUUGAAUGUUUAUCACAAUACAAGACAGUCACAGCUUUACAUGGAUGCUAUUUUGCAGGACAAGUUUUGAAACUGUAUUCUUCACUUAACCUGUGUUACUAUUUUCCAAGACACCAUGUAUAACGAGUUGCCGUAUUGUAUCAUAAAAAUGGCAGACAAAAAUAAAGUGGUUUUCAUCAUCAUUUAAUUCAAAGAGCGCUUUGUAACACUUGUGUGGACACAUCUCUGUAUGUAAAAUACACUAAGGUUUUUAAAGAUGUUCUUUAAAAAGAUGAUGUUGGACAAAUGUGUUUCCAGUUUGGAGAACGAAUCGAUAUCUCUGCUCUGAUUGGCUCAGUUCCCUUCAGUUUGAUUCAGUCUACUUCAGUUGAGUCAAGGAAAAUAGGUUCAAAGACAUCAAAAAACCUGACGUCUUACAGGUAAGUGUCCUAUCUGUACAGUAACAUAUUCAGUCUCACAGCAAAUCAGAUGUUUGUUUUUUUUUCAAAAUUUAUGUUGGACACUGCUGCAGUUCACUUUCUUGGAGAGCUCAUCGUAGAAGGGUUCCUCUGUGGUGCUGUUUCAUGUUCUGAGUUGUGAAAAACUCACGGGAAAAUGAAUGUGCUUAUAUCCUGCUUAUAAAAGAAAUGCUGUGUAUUAUACUUGUUUAGAAAUCUGGAGCAUUUUGUGUGUCAGAAAGAAAAGGCCCUGUGACCUUGUGCCAUUUAAAAAAAAAAAAAAAAGAAGGAAGAUUUUACUGUAAAGAUUUGAUUGGAAUCACAAAUUAGUCACGAGCUAAAAAAAAAUAUAGUUCUACUUCCAGUUGUAUCUCUUAAAGGAAAAAUAGGAUUUGGCAGAUUGUAGCUUUACAAAAAUUGAAAAUCGGAAUCCGUCUCAAAACCUGUAAUCAGUGCAUUUGUCAUUUUUUGGUUUUCUUGAUUUGUAGAAAAAAGUUCUAGCAGCUGAUCCAUCAUUAUUAGUUUUAUCAUUAACUUGUACAAACUCUGUAAAAAAAAAACUUUUAAGAGUGUAUUUUUUUCCAGUUUCUCUGGUUCUUUUAUUCAGUUCGACAUCCUUAGUUUAGUUAAUCCUCUUUUUUCUUUCCUCCUGCUGUUAAAUGUAGUGUUAGAUAAUAAACAAAGAAAUGCAUGUGGUUUAUUCUUAUCCGGAAACAAGCCAAUU